AUGCAGCAUGUGCAGGACCAGCCUGUAGAUGCUUAUCACCCCUUCAGUCCUGAAUCGCCGUUAACAAGCAGUCUAUUCGCUGCUACCAGUGCCAUCGAUGAUUUGACCCGCUCCUUGGCUGAUUUCUCUCGGGUCUCCACACCAGAGCCGCACACUGUCCUCACAUGUUGCUGUGCCAGAGAAGAUUGUGAGUAUACAAAGGCCUGGCUCGUUGUAAAGUCGAAGUUGGAAAAUCGUCUCAUUCUGGCCGCAGAGGUCGGACAAGCAUUACUCCAGAGACACGAAGCUUACAUCCGCAGGGUCCAGUCAGAGGAUCAAGAGCUUCAGCCCCCCACCACCGAUGUUUUAGCAGAUUCGCGCGAGAUUGAUCCUAGUUCUCAGCAAGAGCUGGAGGCGCGGGUAGGAGAACUUGUGAAAGAGAAUGCAGUACUUGAGAAACGUUUUCAUCAAGCCUUGAUUAACAACGAAGUCGCGGAAUCAACUAACAAACUGAUGUCACAGGAGCUGCAAGAAGCUCGAGUGAUCGUCGGUCGGCUUUCUACGGAGCACGCGCGUUUCGUUGGUUGGGACACUCGCGUUCGCAAUCUUACCCAGGAAAAAGAUGAUCUACAGCAAGAGAGAGAUAACGAAUCGUCAAGAGCUAGGAUAGCGGAAGCCCGCCUUGUAGCCAUGAACGAGAAGUGCUCUAAAUUACGCUCACAAGUUCACAAGCUUCAAGAAGACCUUGAACGACAAUAUCUUCAUCGUUCGGAAUUGUCAGAGGAGAUCCUGCAGGAUACCCGUGUGCGCAUAGAACAAAUUCAGCAUGCCCAUUCUGGUCGGGUGUCCCUUACAGAAGAUGACGAAGUCACGAAAAUCCUGCAGUCAUUGGUCGCCGAUAACGAAGCUCUACAGAAGAGCAACGUUGAGCUUCAGACCUUAUUGGCAGACUCACGAGAGAGCAUUCAAGCGCUUCAGCAAGAGGCUGAAGAACAACGAGCGUUCAUGAAACAGCCUUCAAGUAGAGCAGAGCCGCCGUCCCUGAGGCACCGUUAUACUCAUAGCAAUUCAUCCCUUCUGGGACGUGAUCAGCUUCAGCCGCCCUCUCCUGUAUCCUAUCAUGGUACCGCAUCUGGCUCGGCGUCCCCGCUCUCUUUCAGUUAUUCUAUUCGCGGAAAGCAUCCAAUAAAGCGACCAGCUAGUGCGGAGCCUCGGUUUCAUCGUGGCCUUGAGCCCCUUAGUCCGGAUACGAGCCGUGGACCCGCGUCUCCCAACGAGGCUCUACCUCCCCUCGACAUCAAUAUCGACGACAGAGAAGGUGGCAUGGCACGAUUAUCUCCCGAGAAGCCGAGAGCACAGAAGCCUUUAUUACUCCUAACACGAUCAAGAGGUGUUCAGACGGCCCCCUGGAUUGGAAUGCUAUCACCUCUUCCUUCAAACUUUGGCGAACAUCCUUCAUUCUCUACUUCUUCCCACGACGCCCACUCAGACUCAUCGUCAAUGGCCGACAACCCAUCGACCUUGAGCAUUUUAUUGGAUCGCAUUGCACAGCUGUUCAAUCGGAUCGCUCAGGCAGAUGCUCUGACGUUAACAAUUCGGUUGAAGAGACAACAUCUUCUAGGUGCUGACGUGAGCCAUCUUUCGCGGACGACAGUUGAGGCCAUCCUUUCCGAUGUGACGAAUCUCCGUACUCAGUAUCGCUCGUUCCUAGAGGAUGAUAAGGCUGUCUCUUCGUGUACACGCAAGGACCUUCGCGCGCUAUUCAAGUUGUUCCGGGACGUGUUUCAGGAGCUGGGCACAAUACGUGUCACCCUCAAUGAUAUUAUACUCGACCCGUCCUUGGCCCCGAGAAUCCGAGAAAUAGCCAUGAAUCCCACGAAGGCAGAGACUGCCGAAACUGGGCACGAUGUUCCACUCUCUUUGGCUCCUGGCUGGAUGGCCCCUCUGACAAAGUUGUUUCGGGCUCCUGCGGACAAGGACAAGGAAAAGAGGUCAUUCACUCCUCUGGUCCGCACUGGGAGCAAAGGUGCGACAAAGCGAACGCCUCGUCUCGUCCCAAAGAUAGCACCAGCGACUUCUGCAUCCACGACUACUGUCAAUGUCGAGUUCUCCGGCACUGGAGUCGGAAGAGCCAUUACGAGCACUGGUACAUUUACUCCAGGUCCAGGGCAAGACACGGACUCUCAUCAAGCUUCUAUUCGACUUUCAAAUUCUAAUCGCAAUGUCUCGCAAAGUGUAAUGGGGAUUUUUGCUGGCGCACCUCGUCCAGACUCAUCCGCUGAUCCUUGGAUUGUCGUUCCGAAAGCUGGCACCAAGUUUCGACCAAAGACGCCUUCUGCACUAUCGGGCAAAGUCGACAAUGAUUAUAUGUCAACCUCUCAAGCGAGAACCAUACGUGGUUUGUCGCGACGAGUUGAUGCGAUCAUCGACAACAAGUCCACAAUGCAGGAAGGCGCUUCCGCUGAUCCUACGUUGCUCGAGAGAACGCUUCGACGAAGGGGACUUUCUGAUUCGUCGAUCCAUACCAGUUUUCUUACCGACGGCGAGGUCACUGGGCGUCCAGUCAGUGGGCAGAGCGAUGCGGAACAUCAGAUUGAGCGGGAUCCUCAAACUGUUUUGCAGGCCUUCAGUCGGAAAGGGAACGACCUUCGCAUCGCUGCAAGUGCUGUUGCGGGGCCACCCAUUUCUUCUCAUCUUUCCGAAUCCUCUUCUGCUGGCAGGAGUGGGUUGAUACCACAUGAUAUACCCCCUCGAGCGUUGCCAUCGCGAAUGGCCAGCAUGAUACCAGACCUGUCUACCUGGGGAACCGUCGGAUAUGGGAUACACGCACUUGACGAAGAGGCCCUUUACGCUGGGACAUCGAGGCAAGAGCCACUGCGUCGUCCUUGGCAUAGGGAAAUUUGAUCAUAUCUUCAAGGGUUCAUACACUUUGGUUGGGGGCACUAGCUGGCUGAUUUGUAUAUACCAGAUAUGUAUUGGGAGAGAGAACGUAUACACAACAUAAUCUCAAAUUUGAUGUAAUGAUUUAUUGGUAGAGAUGGUAUCUCC